AUGGCGAGCGACGCGCCGGUGACGGUGCUGGACGUCGUGGACGGCGAUCUGCGGGGCGGGUACGCGCUGGACGGCGUCGCGCGCGCGCCGAGCGCGACGCGACGCGGUCGAGUGCGCGCGAAAAGCGCUGGACGCGGGAACGGAAGCGACGACGGCGCGUUCGACGCGAUCGCGCGGUCGCGCGUCGAAGACGUGGACGCGUACGAGUGCGUCGUGCGCGCGAUGACGUACGGCGACCUGGGAUGGGAGCGAGGGAGCGAGGGGAUGGUGGUGGCGUGCGAGGCGAGCGGGACGUCGAACAGGACGCGCGAGCGAACGGCGAGGAUGUUCUUUGAAGAGUUCAACGUCGGAGGGUUGGCGUUUUUAGAUAAGGCGGUGUGCGCGAUGUAUGCGUGUGGACGCGCGAGCGGAGUGGCGAUCGAUGUGGGAGAGCAAGGGGUGGAGUGCGCGUGCGUGGUGGAGGGGGCGACGGCGCACUCGACGACGAGGCGGAACGACGACGCGGGAGGACGAGCGAUGGAUCGCGCGCUGGUGCAGGCGGUGAGGAAGAAACAAGGGAUUGCGUUAGAUUUGACGACGGCGAGUGAUAUUCGUCGGAAGUUGGGGAAAUGUGCGGCGACGCGGGAGGAGUACGAGGCGUUGGCGCGAGGGUGCGCCACCGUGGAGUGCGAGCAAGAGACAUUCGCCAUGCCGGAUGGAAGCGCGCUAAAGCUGACGAACGAAUUGUACGAGUGUGGAGAGGCGGUGAUGCCGAUCGUGGACGACGUGUGCGAGUGCGUGCAAAAGUGCUCGUCAGAAUUGAGACGGUUCGUGUUGGACAGCGUCUUCGUGCACGGCGUGGCCAGCAAAGUCUCUGGGCUUGAUGCUCGCUUGUUUCACGAGCUCACGUCGAGUUUGCCGCCCUCGUUGACGCCAACGAUGGUAAACAUUCCGGAGUACAUGCCAGAAACCACGUGGUCGCACGCGCCUUGGACGGGCGCCGCGAUGGCGGCGAAAACCAUCUUCGCUUCGAACCAGUACAUUUCGAAGAGCGAUUAUACCGAUAACGGACCACCGAUCGCGCAUCGCGGGCGUUAG